CUUUGAUAAUUCAAGACCAAUUUUUAUCUUAUUUUAUUAUUACGAAUACUGCUAAAAUAUUGAAAGAAAAAAAAACUUAGAUAUAUUUAAUGACACUUUAAUACCUUUGAUAAUACUGGUCUUUUUUUUAUUGAUCAUACUUUAUAUAUGUAAAACAAGUAAGGUAUGUUGUUAGGUAUUAAGCGAAGAUACAUAGCAUAUACAGAAAAUUUUAUAUCUUACCAGAUUAUCGUGUAAUUGUGUAUAAACGAGCAUAUUACAAGCAAAAUAGAAUGUACAAUAUAUGUACGUUCUUUAAUACUGAGCAAAUUCUAUACUGUAUAAAUGUUGUCGAGUAUAUUUUAUGUGUGUAAAGAAUACACAAGGGUUCCCAUGGAAAAGUUAGACCAAAGCUUUAUAAGAAAAUUUAGUUUGAACAAGUUUUAUAGAAAUUAUAGUAUAUUCCAUGGUGAUGGAACAAUUUGAAGUACAGUUGCUUCUUGUUUAAGGCUGUGCAUGUAUCUUUUAAUUGAACAUAAUCUAAUAUGUUAUUUGUGGUUAGUUAUUAUUAAUGGUUCAAAAUGAAUAGCAUUAUUUACAUCCCUAUAAUCACAUAUAAAAAGCUUUUAUAUCGGUAACAUAUAAAUAUAUGAAUGUGAGUCAUGAAUGUUCUGUGCAUACUCUUUAUAUAAAAUGUACAUAUAUAUAUAUACAUAUAAAAUAUAUGAAAGUAGUUGUAUAUAUAUAUAUAUAUUAGUGUAUUGACUUUGUUUGUAAUAAAUCAACAUGUUAUAAUCUUUUUGUACUAUUGUUUUUUUAAUGAGUUCCAAAAUAUAUUGAAUCAACAUUACAAUAGUUGUAUUUAUUCAGUUUACUAAACAUUACCAAAAUUUUGUAUAUAGUUUCGGUAAACAUUAAAUAAUGAAACACUGAAUUACGUAUAUAUUUCUAUAUCAGUUUUAAUCAUUUAGUGUAAUUUUCAUAUAUUAUAAAAGAAAUUGAUAAAGUUGUAAAAUGUACGUCUUUAAGUAACGGUCACCGUGCGUAGAAACGUUCUCGUUUAAAUGUCUAUAUACUGUAUAAAAAGAUAAUUUGAGUAAGCUUUAUGUUCAAACUAUUAGAGCUUAAUUUUAGUAAAAAUUUUUAUCUUAAUUUUUUGCAGCAUUUAAAAGUGAUAAUACUCGAAUAAAAAUGAAAACAACAUCAAAAUAGGAUUUUGAGUGCUAUUAGGUUAGAAACGGAUGUAUAUUAUUAAUUGAUUUACAAUAAAUUAAUAUAGUAAAGAAUUUUGUUAUAAUGUAUAUAUUGUUCCUGUUUAAAAUAUAAUGUGAUACAAACAUUUUCUGUGUUUAAAAUAUUUGUGCAAAAGUACUUAAUUAUAACAGUGAUAUAUAAAAUUAAUCUACGUAAUUUAAUAUGAUGUAAAAUAAAAAAAUUUAUCUAGAUUUCAAUAUAAAAAUAAUUAAAAAUUAGAUGACAAUACGUUUGUUGAUAUGGUGUAAGUAAUUACCUAAUCGAGAAUCGUUAACCUAUCUAUUUAACCUGCUUGUAUGAAUUACAAUAACAAACGAUUUAAAACAAAUAUACGUCAUCAAAAUUAUAAUAUUCCUUAUAAAAUAUAAAAUAUGAAUUUGUUACCAAAAACGCAUGAAGAAUUUAGUCAAGUCGAAUACUGGAAUACAUUUUUCAAAAAACGUGGUAAAAAAAGUUUUGAAUGGUAUGGAGAAUAUCCAGAAUUAUGCAGUAUACUUUUAAAAUUCAUGAAAGUAAAAGAUAAUAUUUUAAUUGUUGGCUGUGGUAAUUCAACGCUUAGUAUGUGUUUGUACGAUGCUGGUUACAGGAAUAUUACUAAUAUUGAUAUAUCACAUAUUGUUAUUAAACAAAUGUGUGAUAUUAAUGCAUCAGUGAGACCAGAUUUAAUUUAUGAACAAAUGGAUGCUACACAAAUGACAUAUCCAAGUGAUACAUUUAGUGUUAUAUUAGAUAAAGGUACUUUAGAUGCUCUUAUGCCAGACACCAAGGAAAAUACAACGACCAUAGUUAAUAAAUAUUUUAAAGAAAUUACAAGAGUUCUACGUAACGGUGGUAGAUACAUUUGUAUUUCUUUACUACAAGAACAUAUUUUAACAGAACUUCUGUCUUAUUUUCCUUCUGCUGGAUUUAUGUUUCGUAUAAUACGUUGUUACGAAGCAGAAGCAAAAGCACGCAUAGAAGAAGGUAGUUUGAUUCCAGUGUUUGUAGUUGUUGCAACAAAAUUUAAAAAUUUACAACAACUAGUUUUAGAAACGGUAUUGGUUGACGGUCCACCAAAGCGGGUGUCAACAACAAAUGAUAUGUUAUCAGCUGUGCUUUCAACUCAGCAGUCAGCUUUAAUAUGUAAUAAUCUUCAGAAACGUAGCGUAGCCGAUGUUGGAGAAAUAUCAUUGGACUUACAUCGACCUGACGACGAACAUCCACGCUACACAAUUUAUGUGUUGGAUAAGCCUAAAAUGCACGGUACGAAAACGUAUGCAGCGUUCAUAGUACCACAAGGAAAAGAAACAGAUUGGUUAUUUAGUACAAAGGAAGGAAGACAACAAGUUCUUAAAAGCGCACAACGAGAUAGACUUGCAAUUGUCACUCUACGCAGGGAACAUAAGUUUGAUAGUUGGGAUGCUGUAAAAACUGAACUGGAAGAUUGUAUUCUGAAUUUAGCGCCAGAUGGUUUAUCUGGUAAAAAUGAUAUUCCAUUUUUAUCAUUAGGAUCUGAUGUAGGGCAGAGAGUUAUAUGUUACGAAGGAAAAAGCGAGCUUAGUGGUUCUUUUGUGGUUGAAGAGAUUGAAAGGGAUGGUUAUGAGUUUAGAAGACUGGUGUUUCUAAAUAACCCUUAUGUUAUCCAAAGCGAAGCUCGACUUAAACAAGUUAAAUCUAGACGUGGCAAAAUGAAAAAAGUUAUAGAUCCGGGCUUCCUAGCUUGCGAUCAUCAUUUAUAUAUGAGCAUUGGUGUUGCUGCUGUGAUAAAUCAGAAAGAGUAUGAUGAAAUUAUGAUCAUAGGAUUAGGCGGAGGGAGUUUGUGUACAUUUUUGUACAAUUGUUUUCCUAAAUUAAAAAUUAUUGCAGUUGACAUCGACGAAGCAAUGCUCAAAGUUGCAACUGAUUAUUUUGGACUUACUCUUGAUACCAGAAUGAAAGUUGAAAUCUCUGAUGGAGUUCAGUUUAUCAAAGAAUACGUAGCGACUGGAAAGAAAUGUAAGGCUAUACUUUUCGACGUGGACAGUAAAGACACUACAGUUGGGAUAAGUUGUCCACCUAAACAAUUUUUAGAGAUGUCAGUUAUAAAAUCGGUGUCAGAAUGUUUAACGAAUGAUGGUGUUUUUAUAUUGAAUUUAGUUAGUCGAGAUCAGACAAUAAAGAAAAAAGUAAAGAAUGAUUUGAAAUCAAUAUUUAAUUGUAUAGCAUGUUAUUCCGUUCAGGACGAAGUAAACGAAAUAAUUUUAUGUUCUAUAAGUGAGAACGACAGCGCUGAAUGGAAAAAUAAAUUGAAAGCAGCUGCUACAACUUUAAGUUGUCAAGUGUCAGCAAGAAAACUAUUGAGUAACGCAGAUAUAUUUGAUUUGUCAUCUUUCUUGGAGAAUCUUAAUUAAAUUUAAUGACUAUUCAAAAUUCCUGUUUCUUGUUCCCAUGUUUCCUUUUCAAAGUGUCGGUAAUUGAUAACGUAAUUAUAGUAUAACAUCUAAGCGACUUUGUGUUGCUAAUACAUUUUGUUAUAAAUACCUGCUCUUAAUAAGAUCUCUUUUCUCCACUUUAUAUUUUGAUGCGGUGUUGUGUUUUGUAUCUAAAAAGGUCACGUGGAUUUUUUGUCAUGUUAUAAUUUUAAAUUAAAGAAACAAUAUUUACUUGUACAUUUUGGUUCCUUCUAGUUAUGACUAUACUAAUUGAAAUUAUGCAUUACGUAUUAUAGAAUUAAAUACCUCUGUCUAGAA